ACCGGAACUCACAGGAACUUGUCUCGGUUUUACCCCGAAAACUUUACUGUUUGGACUUCAAACAUCCGUGUCUAGUCGUGUAACACUUUAAAGAUGAGUUGUACGAUACUUUGACGUCUCAUCUAAGAGGAAAACCGGUGGAUACCUGCGUCAACUGCCCACGCUAGUGACGUGAAAGUUCACGUGAAAAAGUAACAACCCACGCUCGAUUUUUAUCUUCCACACUUUCUUCAGGACAGGUGUGUUAUUUUCAGUUGCGAUCCAGAGGAAGGUAAGGCGACACCGUUCCGCCAUGGAGGGCAAGACGGCAGCAAGACCGGAGCUGAGGAAGGAGACCAGCGUUCCGCUCGGGCGCGAGGAGAUCCAGAUCGUCCUGGACCGCUUUCUCCAGCGUCACCUCAGCAUCCACGACAAAUCCCCGCUCGGGCAAACCAUGGCAGAUGCCGUGAGCCCGACAAGUCCACUGACGCCAACGCCCGGAGCGAGCGGCUUCAGUUCUCCAGCAAAGCCGACGGCGAAUGGUUUUUCUCCGAGUGAGCACCAGAACGGACACGCCGGAUUCAAACGCACGGGAAGCUUCGGCAAGGCCCUGGAGCAACCGGUCAUCGAUUCUAUAACUCGCAGACGAACGUGGGACAGCAACAGACACAACCGUGUCAACCAGGAACAAACCGACGACACAAAAGCCACCGAGGAACUCAAGAAGAAGAAAUCCGGGUUCCAACGCUGGCUGAAAAGCGUGUUCACGUACGAGAGCUCAAAGAAAAGCAAGAAGAAGAAAUCAGAAGAGAGCAAACAUGACUCUGAAGACGGGAACCUAGACGCACACCACCAAAAGGGCGCGAAACCAAAGAGAACUGAAAGCUUCAGCAAGUCGCUAAAACGUCGCUUCAGCCUCAGGCGAAGCAAACACAGCCCUAAAGACUCCUCAGACUCUCAGUCCCCGGGAAGCGACAGUUCGAUAAAACUCCAUGGCGUGUACAUGUCCGCACCAGCAAACGGAGACCGCCACAGCACAGACACGCUGCAAUUGGACGAUUCAACGGAGGAAGAGUCACCGCAGUCUUCCUACCGUACGCGCUCCCUGGACCCAGACGAAGUGUUGGACCCCAGGACGGCUGCACCGGGCGGGGCCACCAGACCCACCACCCUCGGUCUGGCCUCCGUACACCGGCCUGGAGGUCUGUCUUCAGAGGUCGUCAUCGACGGACUAGACAGUCCAGCAGAUGGGAGGAGGACACCAGAUGAGCGUACACAGGAGGAAAGGGAGAAGUUACUAGACAUGAUCGCAGCCAGGAUAGGACAGAUGGGGGACGACAUCCUGGAGCGUCACUUCAACUCCCGCUCUCCCAGCCCCAGCUCUGCACCUCAGGGUGCCUCCGGGGGAGGGUCUAACAGUCUAGAAGUUCCCAACAGAACAGCGAGUGGAACAGAGAUAACAGCAGUUGAGCAGGCUAUGGCCAGCUACCUGUGUGAGCUGCUGGAGAAGAACGAUGGGGUCAGACUCAACCAUGACAACCAGCCCAUCCCGGUCCAGCUGCGUGAUGAGAUGCGGGAGAACAUGACGUACGAACAGUUCAAGGAGAUGGCGACCCGCGUGCAGGCCAUCGUACAUCGCGAGUCCGGGCGGGACAUCGAACUGUCACAGCUCGCCAUGGUGUUCGGUUUCACCAAGUUCGCUAUCAAGACCGUCGGGGUGACAACGGACUACGCGAGGGUCCUCCGUAACUUCUGCUUGGAGUACCUGGAGAACACCUUUGCAGGGUGGAUAGCCAGUCAUGGAUGGGGCCAGCUAACAGAACAGGAACAAGACCCCGAUACGGAAACAUCCGAGGCAGAAUCCAGAGAAUCGGAGAUUGACUGAGUUUGGCAACGAGAAGCUUUUAGAAUGUAUAUAAAUAAGAUAACUCAUGGUUUACGUAUGGGUGAGAGGAAACGUAGCACCUGAAUGGUGGCCACACAUUCACAUAAUCAGUUCUCUGGUUUGGGGAAUUUUAUUAUGCAAUGCAAGUCUGUUGUAAUCACUCUCUCACUCUAUCCCAUAGUUCACCAUGGGAGUUACAACAAUUUUAUUUCUAUACCAAUCCCCAAACAACUUGCUAUUGUUGCUACAAAUGUAAAUAUACUGUUAACUGGUUUAUAGUUUCAAGCCAGUUACUGCAUUAUAACUGGUGCUACAGUGUUUAUAACUAUGCAUGAAUGUGAAUAUUUGCCUUGAUAAUUGUUGGCCUUACAAACAGAAAGCACGGAAAUUUUUACAAAGUUGAAGUACAUUGUUGCUGCAGAUUUUAAAGUCUUUCAAAGAUUUUUUACUAAAGGCUGAUGCAUUUUUUAAACAUAGUUGUGAAGUAGGAAUCUUAGACAAUGCAUGGAUUGUCGGAAUGCCAAGCAUUUUGUCUGUCCUCAUUUUUAAAUGGAAAAUGUGCAAAAAUGUUCCUGAUGUUUACAGCAAACUUUGCUUGUAGUAUUUCUAGGCCAAAAUGUGUUUUUCCAAAGAAUCAGUUUUUGCUCUGCUGCAUGAAGACUAUAUUACGAUAUUGCAUCCAUGUUACAUCUGUUAGACAUAGCAAAUGCAACUGUAUUUUAAGGGCUCUUUUUACCACAUGUAUUGUGUACAAUCUUUCCCAGGGACAAGCAUCUACCAUAAAAAAAAAUUGUAAUUAAAAAAAAAAGAAAAACAGUAACAGUUGAUAUUCAAAAUUGUACAUACUUUCCUCAGGAUCUGAUGAAAACAGCAAAUCUCUCAACUGGAAAAAUGUUUGACAUGUUUAAUGAGCUAUCUCUUUGUGAAAAUGCAGCGUUGUUGUACUU